CACACCGCUGCGGAGAAGGAUGCAUUCGUACAACACUCUGGCCAUCUUUGCUCUCGUUGUCGUGCACACCAUAUUUAUUGUAUUCGGCCAACCAGACUCCUCGUCCAGCACGAGCACAACUAAACAGCCAGACGUUCACGCCAAUUGUUCUAAUGAGACGUGCAAUCCUUCAAAAAAUAUCACGUGUAAGGAAGAAUUCUUCUGCGUACUUGUCAACAAUGCUACCGAAGGCAAAUGUUGCACUUGGAAUUGGGAAGGAAUGGAGGCAUACAGCCCUCCAAAUGACAGUUCAGAGGAGGUGACGUCACUAUCGUCUCAAGCACAUAAAUGAAGAACCCGUUCUCAUACAAUACAGUUAAAAAAAAUCAAAUAGAGAAUUUAGUAUAGCUCCGCGAAAUUCGCAAACAUUUUCUACAGGAAAUUGUGUACUGCACAUAUAGGCGAUGUAAUAAAGCUCGAGUGGUUACCUGUGG